GAGGAUGAAAGUAAUGUGGUAUGGAGACUUGGAGAGAAUGAGUUGAGACCAGUGGGUAGGUCGAUUGGGAAGCGCGGCAAGGAUGAGAGCAAGUAAGUAUGAUGUGUUGAGAUAAGUGUGGAAGAGUGUGGCUGUGCCAUGUAUAAUGUAUGGUAUGGAUGUGAUUGCAUGGAAUGAAAGUGAAAUUGAUAAGUUAGAAGUGGGCCAGAAUAGAGUAGCAAGGAUGGCACUGAGUGCACCGAGGUGCACAGCAGUUGAAGCCUUGAGAGGUGACAUGGGAUGGAGCACCUUCAGAGAAAGACUGACAAAAGCCACACUUAGGUACAAGAUUAGGCUUGAGAGAAUGGAUGAUGCAAGAAUAGCAAGGAAGGUGUACCUGUGGAAUGAAAGUGGAAGCAAAUGGAGGAAGAGAUGCAUGAGAAUGACAGACAGGAAUGAAUUGCAAGUUGUGUGGGCGAUAAGAAUGGCUGCUAGGAAUCAAAAUGAGCGUGAAUGGGUGGUAACAAGAGGAGGAAGAGUGGGAGCCGAAUGGGAUGUGAGAAAAUGGAAGAAUGAGAUAGACAAAGAAGUGAAAUGUGUGGGACUGAAUGAAUGGAAGACUGAGAUGGAAAGAAAGAAGACCCUGGAAUGGUACAAGGAGAAAGAGGCCCCGAGGUAUGAAAGGUGGUAUGAUGGAAGCCUGGGCGGUGAUCUUCUCUUCCGAGCGAGGGCACAGUGUAUGGAUGUGAAUGCAAGGAGUUACAGGUGGUCUGAGUCCCGCAGCAAAGUGUGCCAGAUGUGUGACAUGGGAGAGGAUGAGACAGUGGAACAUGUGGUGCUGGAGUGUGUGCAGUAUGCCAGAGACAGGAAUGAGAUGAUGCAAGUGAUACUGACUGAGUUAGGGCAUGAUAGGAAUGAAAGAGUGGAGAAGACAGGAAAGGAAUGGAUGGUGUUGUUGCUGGGACUGUGUAGAGAGGCGAAUGAAAGGAUGAUUGAGGCGGUGAAAGAGUUUCUGGAGAGAAUGUGGCGUGCCAGGUGUAUGAACAAUUAGGAUAGAGGAUGCUGUUCGUUUCUCUUUUUUUUUUUUUUUUUCCCUUUCUACAGGAGUUGCCGAUCCAAAGGCCUGGCUCAUGAGUGAUCCUGUGCCACCUGUACCAUCAAGAUCAAGAUCAAGAUGGUGAGUCUGCGUACAAAAUUGCAUCGGAGGGAUUGAUAGAGGCAGCCACAAUUAUCCAUCAUCAUCGGCGACACCAUGGCUCUUGAGAAGACAGACCUCGAUGACAGCGUGGUGAGCGAGGAGGGGGAGUCAACCAGCAGAGUAGGGGAGCAUGACCCCUACUUUGAACCAGUGGUGACCUUGCUGGAGGUCUUCGUGGUUAGUGAUGAUGACCAGGAGGAGGAAAUGAUAAGACUGAGUUUCGAGGUCAGGCAGUACAAGCUGUUUCUUUAUCACACCUCUGAGUCGCCCCCACAGUGGAAGGAACGGGGCAUGGAGGCCAUUAAGAUUCUGAGGAACAAGCAGAAGAAGGCUGUGGAGUUUGUUCAGCGGCAGAAUUAAUGCCAGUGGUUGAGUUCAGAUCCUCCAAGACACACACACACACAUACAGCAGCCCCUCCACCUCCCCACAGCCCUCCACAGCCCCUGACACAGCAUCUGACACAGGCCCUUCACAGACCACCACAUACCUCACACAUACAUAAGAACAUAAGAACAUAAGAAAUAAGGGAAGCUGCAAGAAGCGACCAGGCUUACACGUGGCAGUCCCUGUAUGAAAUAUACCUACCUAUUUCCAUCUGUUAUCCCCAUCCAUAAACUUGUCUAAUCUUCUCUUAAAGCUCUCUAGUGUCCUAACACUAACAACAUGAUUACUGAGUCCGUUCCACUCAUCUACCACUCUUUUUGAGAACAAAUUUUUUCCUAUCUCCAUCCUAAACCCAAAUUUUUCAAGCUUGUACCCAUUAUUUCUUGUUCUACCCUGGUUGCUGAUCCUAAGAAUUUUGCCUACAUCCCCCUUGUUAUAACCCUUAUACCACUCAAAGACUUCUAUCAGGUCCCCUCUUAACCUACGUAUCUCUAAAGAAUGUAAAUUUAACAGCUUCAACCUCGCCUCGUAAGGAAUACUCCUCAUCCCCUGUAUCCUUUUAGUCAUUCUCCUCUGUACUGAUUCUAAUAGACCUAUAUCUUUCCUGUAAUGUGGGGACCAGAACUGCACAGCGUAGUCUAGAUGAGGUCUGACCAGCGCCAAAGUAUAACUUUAAUACUACUUCCGGCCUUCUACUUUUAACACUCCUAAAAAUCACACACACCACAGGAGCCUCACAAACAGUCUCACAGCCUUCACAAGCAGCCCCACACUCCACCACAGACACACCAGACCCACAGCCCUUCACCUCACCCACUUCCCAGCCCCCAACGCCCCCCAGCCACCACAAAUGAAGUGAAAGGAAGGGACUGUGGCUUCACCCAGCCAGCCAGGACAGCCUACAGAGAGGGGGUAGUCCCAGUCAAGUCACAAAAUAUAGGCUUGGUUCUUCCUACAGUUUGAAGUCAAUGAUUGGACAGGCCAGACAGCUUAGUGGCAGAGCUGCAGGUGGCCCUUGUAAGCUUCCUGGUGGCACAGAUGUAGGACGGCUGGGAGCAGUGGAGGUGCCUGAUGGGGCAGCUGUGCCGGGCAGAGGGGCUGCUACUGCUGCUGCUGCUGCUGGGGAGAGCCACACUUGUAUGGUGGUAACACGGAGAGGAAGUGGAAGAAAGCUUGGGACGCUCCCAUAACUCAGGAGCAAGAAAUACACCUUACUGGAAACCUUGUGACUGACAGGUGGCGGUGACUGCAGGAACCAAUUCAGAUGUCUGUCUUGUGUUGGCGAACGUCCUGUCUGCAGUCAGGCCAGUAGUGCCAUGUUGCAGGGUGUGACAUCAGGUGAAGAGCCAAAUGGAGAGUGUCUGCAGCCAGUACUGGGUGUGCUGAUGCUGUACAAGUGUCGAGCCAGGUGCCACAGCACAUGUCAGCUGACUCCACCAGAGUAGUGUCUCUAGUCCAGGAUGCACUGCUGUGUACGACUUGUAUGUCUUUGCUAAUAAAUAAAUAUUUGUGACUAUUCUUAUUAUAUAUGUGAAAUAAAUAUAUAGUUUGCUAACAGUGUGGUAUAAUAGUGUAAAAAUAAAUAUUUGAUAACAAUUCAUGCAUGCCCCAAAGGUAAAAAAAAAAAAAAAAACAGGAUUGUGCCCUCUAAACUUUUAAGAUACCACUUGCACAUAGAAGCCCCGUCCCAGCGACUCCAGUGUCGGCUGGGAUGGGGCUUCUAUGUGCAAAUGGCAUCUUAAACUUAGUUUAGUAGCCAAUCCUGACUUUUUUUUUUACCUUGGGGGCAUGACCUGUACUCCCAGAAAGACUGCCAAAGAUAUUAUUGACAUGGCAUAAAUAACUAUCAUUGUUUUUUUUACCUUGAGGGCAUGACCUGUACUCCCAGAAAGACUAUUUGCCAAAGAUAUUAUUGACAUGGCAUAAAUAACUAUCAUUAUGUUCAAGAUGGUAUACUGAAUGUUUAUUGUUUUAAUGUGAAUGUUAAGUGAAUAAAUACACAACAAUAAUAUAAA